UAGGAGGCAAAGGAAGCUGAUUGGCUGAGAAGCAUGUUGUCUGUUCUCCUCAAUGGACAAAGGAGUCUCCUCCGUCUAAGCCUGUGAAUGACGGGAAUCGGCUUGGGAAGAGGCGAACGUGAUCGAAGCGCCUACAAGAGCCCGCCCUGGCGGGUCUCCAGGAGCCUUCGAAAGACCCGGGCCCCCAAGGAGAACAGCCGCCUCCAGAACCACCUCCAGCUACAGAGCGGAGGGACUCUAGCGGCAUGGGGACCCCAGCCUCUAUUGCCUGUGACUUGCCACAGCCUCAGACCCCCAGAUCCUGCACUCGCAAGAGAGCGUCUGCCAACAUCUUUCAGGGAGUGGGGUUAUGGCAGUUGCGCCGUCUCUUCCACAGCAGCGGAGAUGCACAAGCAGAGGAGCGGGCCCAGCUAGUCUGGGAGUGUGCAGAGAAUCGCUGCAUUACCCAGGCCCUGGAACAGCUCCAUAGAAGGCAGAGAAAACAGAGGCUGCGAUCGCACCUGAGGCCCCCUUCCGAAAAGGGCAGUGGCACCAGACUCGUCGAGCUACAGCAUUUCAGCCGCUUACGGAUUGAAGACUGUACUACAUCUUGUGGUGGUGCUGAUAGCGGCAGUGGCAGCAACAGCAGUAAGGAAACCGAGACUGCUGAUCAAAGUGGCCAUUACACUGCUUCUCACUACAGAAAGAAAAGGGGGACCGGAGCUGCAGGCUACCUGCACCAGCUCCACCGGUGAGCAACUGAACCUGAAACUCACGCCAACAGUUGUGGUUAAAUGUCACAGUAUAGGACAAGAGAGGCCUGAAAUUGAGGGGGCCUAAUGUCAGGCGCUCUUCAGCCCUGCUAUUUAAUAAUCGCCUGUUGGAGGAGGAUCUUUGAGACAACCGAAGUUCUCCUGCUUCAAGUGGGCAGUCACAGCAGAGAGACUUGAAAUCAAGCCACUCAGCCUCAAGCACUUCUGCUUGUUCUGGUUACUUAAGGCUUGAUCACGUCUUGCUGGGCCAAAGCACAAACACUACAUCCACUGACUGCAUUGAGUCCUAUUUAAUAAAGCACAUAUAUACUUCCUCUGCGAA